AUGUCGUUUGCCAUGCUGCGCCAUGCCCCCCCGGCCCGCUUUCUGUACCCCGAUAUAAGCAUGCUGUCCGACGACGAGGACAGCGCCAGCGACAGCUCCGGAGACAAACCCUACCACUGCUCCGACGGGGCCGGCAAGCGGGGCGACAAGAAGUGCCCGCGCCUGCAGCGGGAGCCCCGCCAGCGCCACACGGCCAAUGCCCGCGAGAGAGACCGCACCAACAGCGUGAAUAACGCCUUCACGGCGCUGCGCACGCUCAUCCCCACCGAGCCCGCCGACCGCAAGCUCUCCAAGAUCGAGACCCUGCGCCUGGCGUCCAGCUACAUAUCCCACCUGGGCAACGUCCUGCUGCUGGGCGACGCGUGCGGAGACGGCCAGCCGUGCCACACCACCACCCCCUACUACCACCACCACCCGGCCGGCGGAAGCCCCAACCACCGCGACGGCGAGCCGGCCCAGCCCAAGCAGAUCUGCACCUUCUGCCUCAGCAACCAGCGCAAGAUGGGCAAAGAGCGGGACAGAAAAACCGUCAUCAGAACAUAAGGAGAGCUGCGGGGGAGCACGGACCCCCGCCGAGGAGACCCCCAAACUCAGGGCACAGGGAGCUGCGUCAAUGUGAAGAGCUCCUGCAGCGGCAGAGCGGACAGAACCUGCGCGACCGGACGGGGAGAGGGGACAAGACAUUCAUCCGCAGGGCACAGGAGAGAAGGGGCAAGUAAUCUGCCCCCGGGCACACCGCAGAGAGCCCCUCAGCCGGCACAGGGGAGGCACACAGCGCCACGGCCGGGUACAGGGGGCACGCGAUACCCCCAGGACAGACGG